AUGUGGAGCCAUGAUGAUAAAUCUUUGGUUACUGCCUCAGGUGAUCAAACAGCACGUUUAUGGGAUGUAGAAUCUCAGCAACCUAAAGCAAUAUUAUGUGGACAUACAUGUAGUAUUAAAUCUAUAAGCUAUAGUACCUUGAAUCCAUGUUUAUGGUCAACAGCUUCUAGAGAUGGUAACAUAUUUAUUUGGGACAUAAGGACUGUAGGGCUUCAAAACUUUGGAGCAAUGCUUUAUAAUCCUGCAAUGAGCAUACAAUUUGCACACUCAUUAGAAUCUCAUAGGAGAAGAAAAUCCUGCUCAUUUCCUGUAAGGAGUAAACCAACAAGUAGUGUUACUGGAGUGCAAUUUUUAAAACAUGAUGAAAAUUUAUUGGCAUCAUCAGGAGCACUUGAUAGUAUUAUAAAAUAUUGGGAUUUGAGAAAACAUUCUGGUCUAAGGAAUGCAAACCCAGUUCAAGUAUCAAUUAGUGGAGCUACAGCAAUACGUCCUCAUGGUAUAUCAGCCUUAUUAAUAGAUAAUGAUGGUUCAAAAUUAUAUGCAAAUAGUGAACCAUUAACUCGAUUCACUGCUCCAGAAUUUCGAUGUUCAUCAUUUUAUGUUAAGAUGGCAAUCUCACCCAAUGAUCAAUAUCUUGCUUGUGGAUCAACUGACAAGAAUAUAUAUAUUUGGGAAGUAGAUUAUCCUGAUGUGAGUCCAAUUGUAUUGAAAGGUCAUGAUAAUGAAGUCACAAGUUUAACCCGAGAUAAUAUAUCUGUUAAUGGAGUUCGUGGUGUUAAUUCUUGUACUUUUAAUACAAUAUUAUGUUCUCCUGAUUUAGCUAGUGGAAAAUAUUUCGAUAGAGUUAUUACAAUUGUUUUAGAAAAUACUGAUUAUACUGAAGCAAUUAAAGAUAAAUAUUUAUCAUACUUGGCAAAUCAGGGAAUUUUAUUAUCAAAUUUUCAUGGAGUUUGGCAUCCUUCACAACCAAAUUAUAUUGCAAUGAUCCGUGGUUCAAAAGGUGGUGUCGUAAGUGGUGGAUUUGUAGGAGAAGUGUCAGAUGAUAAAUUAUAUUAUCGUAAACAUAAUCCUUUCAUUUCAAUGACCAAUAUUAGAACUAACCCAUCACUAAUUAGCAAAAUUUUGGAUGAAAUAAUUCGGGAUGAUUUAGAUUUUCAUGAAUUAUCAUGGAAUAUUGUUGGUGUUGGAGGUAAACUCCAUGAGCCGAUCUUUUCAAAUUGUGGUGUUUGUAAAGUAUUCAUUGGUGGUGGUAAUGUAAUCUUGGGCCUUUUAGAACGUGUUUCAGAGUUAUUUAGAAUCGCCAUUGCAGCUAUUACUAUUACAUUUCCCCAAAAAAUUUUAGAAAUGCCUCGUCAUAGCAAAAAUAAUACAGCACUUUCGUUUUUCACAUAUGCUGAAACUAAAUCCUUAGAAUAUGGGACAAAAAAGCAACGAUUAGGAAGAGAUUCAAUGCGUGAAGUUGAUGCUUGUUAUCUAUGCCUUCAGAGAGCUCGUGAUCCUGUUUGUUGUUCACAUGGUCAUUUAUAUUGUAAAGAAUGUAUAUUAGAAAAUAUUUUGGCACAAAAAAAAGAAAUACUACGUCAACAAAAAUUAUUGGAAGAAAGGGCAAAAGAUGAGAUCGAAGAAGUCAAACGAAAGGAUGGACUGGCUAAAGAAGCCAUUAUACAAGAUUUUGAAAGGCAACAAGUAAAAAUAACCCCAAUUGCAAGUAAAAAAAGAAGUUUUCAAUUAGAUGAAGAAGAUCUUGCAGCGGUAUCAAAACGUGAAAAAGAAGAAGCAUUAAAAAAAAUAGAGGAAGAAGAGAUUGCAUUGUCAAAACCAAAGUUACCUAAUUUUUGGCUGCCUUCUUUAACACCAUCGGCUGAUCCUGAUAAAAUUAAAUCUAUAAAAUUACAAACAAUGUGUACUGCAACUAAUCCGGAACACUCUUUAAGUGUUAAAAAUUUGGUUGCGACAAAAUUUACUGAAACAAAAGACUCAGAUUCAAAAAAGAUUCAUUAUAUUUGUCCAUCAUGUCGUAAAACAUUAACAAAUUCUUUAAAGAUUUGUUUGAUAAAACCUUGUGGUCAUGUUAUUUGUAAGAUUUGCGUUGAUAAAUUUGUGAAAAAAUCAAAACGUUGCUUUGUUUGUGAUUUUAAAUGUAAAGAAAAAGAUAUCACUGACAUGUCUGGUGAAGUUAAAAUUGAAGGUCAUAAAGAUAAUAAUAUUCCUAAACUUGAAGAAAUUUCGCAUGUGAUUGUUCAUAAUGAUGAAUCCUUAAACAUGAACGAUAUAAAAGAAAAACAUCUUGGUCAUUUACUUUAUAAUCCCAAGGAAAUUAUUCCACCGUUGGAAUUCAAUGAAAAUGGUUUAUUGGAAAUUUGGAUACAGGCUGAACAUUUGACAUGGGAUAAUAAUAAAGUUAAAGGUUAUUUUUUAUGGGGAACAGAUAUUUAUUGUGAUGAUUCAGAUAUUGUUGCAGCUCUUAUACACUCUGGAUUUUUUAUUCCUCCUGAAUAUAAUAACUCAAAGAUACUACAAAAGCAACCUAAUUAUGAUCUUCAUGUUACGAUUCGCGCGUACCCAAAACUGGUCAAUUAUAAGGGCACCGAAAGAAACAAUUACAAAAGUAGGUCUUGGGGAAAUCAUGAUGGAGUUAGUUACAGAAUUGAAAAUGUAGAAAAAAUACAGAUUGGUGAAGCAAUUUUUAGAUCAAAAGGUAGUAAAGGGAUAAAAGAAAGAAAGAAAAAUUAUCUUGAUAUGAGAAAAAAGGCUUUUGAUGUGUCAAAUAAUCAAAAUGCCAUUUUAAUUAUUUUUAAUAACGAACAUGAUCCUUGCUAUAAAUAUUCACCCGAGUUGAUGUCGGACAGUGAAUAUAUAAUUAAUAGAUUAUAUUCUGAAGUUUUAUACUUGGAAAAUGAUGAUGAAAGAUAUGAAGUAUCGUAUAAUGAGGAGCAAGGCAAAUAUAGAUAUUCAAUAGUAUCACCAUCUGUUUAUUUAGGAGACAGAAAUAAUGGUAAUUUAAGGUAUCCAUUAAGUUGUGAUAAGUUAGAAGAAAUAGUUCGUGAUGAUUUAGAUUUUCAUGAACUUUCAUGGAAUAUUAUUGGUGUCGUUGUAGCCAAUAAACAAAAUCAACAAAAUAGCUUAUUAUGCAUCAUUAAAAGAAUGUUUUGGUACCCUAAAAGACAAGGUUAA